UCUGAUUAUCAGUAUGUGGAGAGACACACCACCAGACUGCGUCAUGGAGACAAAAUCAUCAUUGUUAAAAACACGCUCUCAUACUUCAUGUUCUUCAGUAAGAUCAAGUGCAUCGUCAACUGGGUCAGCGGCGGCUAAGGCGAGAGGGAGAGCAGAAGCAGCAAAAGCACGGCUUGCCUUCUCCGAAGAGGAAGUGCAUUUAAAGCUUCAAAAGGCCAAUCUGGAGGCAUCUAUGGAAAUUCUUAGGCAAAAGAAGGAGACAGCAGCAGCUAUCGCAGAAGCCGAAGCGCUUGAAGCUGCCGUUGCUGAAGACACUGAGAAGCAUAGUUGCAGGCUAAGUUUAAAUACCGCCCCCUUGGACACCACACAACGCACUGAACAAUAUCUUAUUGAUCAAACCAAAGAAGUAGGGUCAGAAUUCCAGUUGUGUGAUCCUACAAAAACGGAACAAAACCCAAGCUACAACGUGUCAGCUUCAUAUCUUAAACCUGAAGCCAAACCUUUUAUGUCAAGCCGAACCAAUACAGUUGCCCAACUACCUCACAUUGCCUCAAAACAGCCAUACAUCUGUAAAAAUGAAGAGGCUCCAGAGUCAUGUGGAAUCAGGUUUGAGGACAACAAUGCUUCUCCCGUGCAACAUUUUAGACUGCAUAAUAACGGUGGCCACCCUACUUCUCAGCCCUACCUCAGGACCCCAAACUUGAAUAAUAGCAGUUCAAAUCUAAAUGACUUUGUGAGAUAUCUUGCUCGUCGCGAGCUUGUGGCUACAGGAUUACUUCAGUUUAAUGACAAACCACAGAACUACAGAGCCUGGAAGCGAUCUUUUCAGUCUGCAACUAACGAUUUAAAUCUGACACCAAGUGAAGAGAUGGAUCUCCUGCUGAAGUGGCUUGGCAAGGAAUCAGCAGAGCGUGUUGAACAGAUAAGGGCAAUACAUAUUAAUCAACCACAAGCAGGACUGGCUAUGACAUGGGAGAGGCUUGAUCACACUUAUGGCUCAAUGGAAGUGAUAGAAGAUGCCUUGUUCAAACGAAUCGAUACCUUUCCGAAAAUAGCGAACAGAGACUAUCCUAAACUGACAAAGUUGAGCGACCUACUACUGGAGCUUCAGUCUGCUAAGGAUGAAGGAGACUUGCUUGGCCUUGCCUUCUUAGAUACGGCGAGAGGGGCCAAUCCAAUAGUACAGAAGCUACCGUUUCGUCUGCAAGAAAAGUGGGCGUCCGUUGGCGCAGCCUUCAAACGACAAAACCAUGUUCCCUAUCCUCCCUUUACUUACUUUGUAAACUUUGUUAGUCAGGAGGCUAGAAUUGGGAACGAUCCAAGCUUUAGCUUUGUCUCUCACAUAGACUCUGCUCAUAGAUUUGAAAAGACAGAUUGGAAGUCCAGCAAGCAACGAGAAGUCUCUGUACACAAGACAGAAGCGUUUUCCAGAGUACCUAUUGGUACUGAAGAGCUCUCAAAGGAAUCUGACGACUGUGAAAAACUGUGUCCCAUUCAUAGGAAACCACACCCACUUCGUAAAUGCCGUGCGUUUCGGGAAAGGCCCAUCGAAGCUCGCAAGUCAAUUCUUAAAGAGAACAAUGUGUGCUUCAAGUGCUGCUCUUCACAGUCACACAUAGCAAAGUACUGUAAGGAUAAAGUCCAAUGUUCUGAGUGUGACAGUGAAAAACACCAUACAGCGCUCCACCCUGGACCCGCACCCUGGCUAGGACAGGUAAACGAUGCAUCCGAGCACGGCGGGGAGAGGGAGGAAAGACCGCCUCGAUUUCAAGUUAACAGCACAUGCACGGGAGUCUGUGGGGAAGAUCAGACAGAUCGAUCUUGCUCCAAAAUAUGUCUUGUGAAAGUCUUUCCAGCUGGUCACAGAAACAAAGCAGUGAAACUCUAUGCAAUCUUGGACGAGCAAAGCAACAGGUCGCUGGUUUGUUCACAGUUCUUCGAAGUGUUUAGUGACCAAAGUCCAAGUGCUCCUUAUACAUUGAGAACAUGCGCAGGAGUAAAAGAAACAGUUGGAAGAAGGGCCAGUGGCUACGAAAUAGAGUCUCUGGAUGGAACCGUCCACAUUCCAUUACCAAGCCUUAUAGAACGUAACGACAUCCCUAAUAACAGAGAUGAGAUCCCAACUCCGGAUGUGGCACGCAGUCACCCACACCUAAAGUCCGUGGCACACCUCAUCCCAGAACAGGACCCACAAGCCCCAAUCAUGCUUAUCUUAGGUCGGGACAUUAUAAGAGUUCACAAGGUCCGUAAACAGGUGAAUGGCUCACAUAACCUACCCUACGCACAGAAGUUAGAUUUGGGAUGGGUCGUUGUAGGCAACGUGUGUCUGGGAAACGUCCACAAACCGCUGACGAUCAAAACCUUCCAUACAAACAUCAUCGAGUCAAAACGCCCGACUCUCUUCCAGCCAUGUCCUAAUGUCUUCCAUGUUAAGGAAAAAUACGGAGACAUCCAACUAACUAAAGACUCCCCAACAGAUUCUUUGAAUGAAUCUGUCUGUGAUGUGGACCACCUGGGAUGUACUGUGUUUAAGCAAACCAAAGAAGACAAUCAGGUGGCUCCUUCGAUUCAGGAUACUUCCUUCAUGCAAAUAAUGGACAAAGGUCUACAAAGAGAUUCAAACCACAGUUGGGUAGCGCCAUUACCCUUUAAGAGUCCUCGCCAGUGCCUUCCCAACAACAGGCCUCAAGCACUGAAACGUCUUAUGUCCCUUAACUGGGCCCGAUCUGAACAACACACUACUGGGAGUACUGAUCCGCUUCAGGAAAGAAGCCAUUGCUUUCUCAGCGGACAUAGAACAGAUCUUGACCUUGAGGCAGAUGCAUUACCAAUGCAGCGUAGUCUUGGACUCAAUUGGAAUCUACAUACCGACUGUUUCCUUUUCAGUGUCUGUGAUGCGAUAAAACCUUUCACCCGACGAGGUGUCUUAUCUACAAUCAACAGUCUCUAUGAUCCUCUUGGAUUUGUAGCACCUGUCACAAUUCAAGGGAAAUCUAUUCUAAGACAACUCACUAUCGAGAACGGCGACUGGGAUGCUCGACUCCCGCAAGAAAUGGAAGAAGCUUGGACAACAUGGAGAGAUUCUUUGGCAGAGCUGUCCAAUCUGUCCAUCUCCAGACCCUAUACGGAAACCUCACCAUCAGCAGCUGUCAGAAGAGAAUUGUGUGUCUUUUCUGAUGCAUCAACCAAAGCUAUCGCCGCAGUUGCGUAUCUAAAAGUGACUGAUGCUGCAGGGAACAAUCACAUUGGGUUUGUAAUGGGGAAAGCCAAACUUACCCCUCGCCCAGAACACACAGUGCCAAGACUGGAACUUUGCGCAGCAGUACUUGCCAGUGUGUAACUUGCAGGCGGCUCAGAGCUCCACUCAGCAUCCAGAAGAUGGCCAGCCUUCCAGCAGAUCGUCUCACAACAGACCCCCCAUUUACCAAUGUUGGACUAGACGUAUUUGGCCCUUGGAGUGUCUCCUCACGUCGGACAAGAGGAGGACUUUCACAAAGCAAAAGGUGGGCUGUUAUAUUUACAUGUAUGAGCAUACGAGCUGUUCAUAUUGAAGUGAUAGAGUCCCUUGACACAUCCAGCUUCAUCAAUGCCCUUAGACGUUUCCUAGCUGUACGUGGACCUGUUAAACACAUUCGAUUAGACCGGGGCACGAACUUUGUUGGUGCGUGCAAGGAUUUGAAGAUACCUUCCAAUAUUAACAGCAAAACUGUGAAGACGUAUCUGUCGGAUAGAGGUUGCAGUUGGACUUUUAAUCCUCCUCACGCUUCCCAUUGUGGCGGAACAUGGGAACGUAUGAUUGGUCUAGCAAGAAGAAUUCUUGAUUCCAUGUUCCUUCAGCUGAAGGAUAAACUUACCCAUGAAGUGCUGGUGACUUUCAUGGCGGAGGUAGCAGCCAUUAUCAAUGCCAGGCCUCUUGUUCCCGUGACAACCGAUCCUGAUGAGUCGUUUAUACUCACCCCAGCAGUUCUUCUCACACAAAAGGUGAACUUCGUUGCUGCUCCUCCAGGCGAGUUUGGAGUAACAGACCUCUACAAGUCUCAGUGGCGCCAAGUUCAACACCUUUCCAACACCUUCUGGGACAGAUGGCGAAAGCAAUUCCUACCUCUCUUACAGACACGGAGGAAAUGGCAAUCUGUCCAACCAGACGUCAAACCAGGAAGUGUGGUUCUCCUCAAAAACAGUCAAGUACCACGAAAUGAAUGGCCUCUUGGACUGGUAACACAGACUUUCCCUAGCCAAGACGGGAAAGUACGUCAAGUCGAGGUCAAGGUUAUCAAACCAGGAGGUUCUUCAUUGUUUCUUAGACCUAUAAUAGAGAUAGUGGUUCUACUCUCCUCAGAUUCCACAGUAAAGGGAUGAAGUAGUUGGGUGAUGUGUAGCACAUCAGGCGGAGAGUGUUCUGUUACCACUGAGUUUAUUGUACUUGGUUAUUUUCUUACUGUACUUUUGUGCCUUUAUUUGGGCGUGGUUCCUUUAAGAUUUCUGGUUCUGAGAGAGAAAUGUAUGUCACGUGAUAUCGACAGGAAAUAAUCGCGUAACGUAGGUUAGUAAGUUAAAAAAAGGCCCUGCAGAGCCCAGCGCUCUUUGAUGUUCAUGUUGGUCCUGCAUUUUUUGUACUUGUCUCGCGUCUGUUGUGGCAUCUUAGCUGCCAGGCUCCAAGACCUUGGUGAAGGCAGGUCCUACACAACUCUUGGCUUCCCUACAAGUUCCUGGCCUUCUCGAUUUUCUGCCGUGAACCGUAACCCCUCAGAAACCAGCUCUCAGGUACUGCCGAAUGGAAGAAAUGGCCUUCAGUUUAGCAGCCCAACUGACGCACAAGGAUACCAGGACACGCAAGGGUUUACUGUUGCCAACCAGCAGGACUACUGUGACUAAAGUAGGACCUACACAAAUCUCACUACCAGUUACAGACCUUCUCAAUUCCCUGGUCCUCCAGGCAUCAGCCCUUUGCCCCUGCCAUGCAGGAGAAACAUUCUAGCAAGUGAGCAGCCCAACGUGCACACUACAAAACCUUGUCCAUGACCCUCCAAUGCUUACUGGUGCCGGCCCUCAGGACCAAAUAAACAGAACCUUCACCAAUCUCAGUGGCCCUACCGGUUCAAGUUCAGAGCAGAACUGUGUUCAGGGUUGGACAGGGUGGCCCAAUCCCCUGCUCAGGUAGCAACGCUAGUGCUAAAUAACUAUUUAACUGGUCGGCUCCAUGACGCUGGGUAAGUAGCUAGCUCCUCAGACUUCUCACCAGAAGAAGGGGAACCUUUGAUAAAGACAUGUUCGUAGGUACCCAGCAAAAAGUAGCCUCAUGCUGAAGGCUCGCUGAUAUAGCUGUCGGUCUUACUAGAACGGCGUAGGUAUGCAUCGCUACUAUCGUGUGCUGACGUAGUGAAUGUGUGCGUACGUGAGAAAGAUGCGUGAGCGCAGCUGCAAGAAUACAGUGCGUGUUUUAACCUAAAUAUUGUAAAAAACAAAAAAUGAAAUUACGAAACGCAAUAUGUGGCGGCCGGUGUUGAUUCUGUGGCGCACCGCCACAAAUUAGUCUGUGUGGGAAACACUGCAAUCUCAUCUGGCAGCAACACAGGUUGGGAUCCACCCCUACCACCCCUGCUGAACUGUCAGAGGAGUUCCAGUUUCCCCUUGACGACAUGGGGGAAGUCGCAACAUUUGAAAAUUGGAUACAGAAUCCAGAGAACAGGAGGAGAAAGCAGAACCUUGUAAGAAACCACACUCCCAAAACACAAACUAACAGGUAUCUGCUCUAGCAGCUGUCGGUGGGCAAGACACAAUAAGGACACAUGGAAUAUCCUAGGUAGUCUCUUUUCAUGCACUGUUGCUAAAAUAAUUAAUUGGAAGGGCGUCAAUGGAAAAAAAAUCCUUCGACCAGAUGGGAAGCAAAGUUCUUCUGACCCGUAUGUUUGCAUCCAAAUCCAUGUACCAACAAAGUAAAAUAUUUAACAAAUUAGCAAAAUAAGUUUACUUUUUAGGUUUUACCUUCCAUCUAGGUACUGUACGGAAAUGUGCCAUCUCAGGGACAGCAACAGACACAGAGAUUUUCCAGCAUGCCAUUAGGUGGUUCAAUUUGGCAACUGAGGGGGUGGCCGCAAGGAGCGCAGCAAGCAGGCUGGCAACUGAGGGGGUGGCCGCAAGGAGCGCAGCAAGCAGGCUGAACAAGAAGUAUCUCCAAUAGUGUAGCACAGGGCUCUUGUAUAUGUUUUUUUUUUUUUUUUUGAUGUGUGACAAAGACCACAUUUCAUUGUGUAAACUACACAACAUAUAAUUUUUGUUUUAUCUUGGACAGACAGCAUUUGACAUUUACUUGAAAUGUUACAUUGUUCCUGCUUUCAAAGUGUACAAUAAUGUAAACCUGUGUAGAUUUUUUUAAAUAUAAACCGUUUCACAGUACAAUUAGACCAGUAAAAAGUGAGGAAUUCAAUCCCUGUGGUUUAUGGGGUCAUACACCACGGCUGUCAACAUUCAGUUUUCUAGACACCCAGGUUAUAAUUGUUCUUUUAAAACAGUGAGGAAUCUGGUUGAGUUAAAGAUUAUGGUAAGAUUCAGGGUAGGGUCAAGCACUAACCUUGGUCAACGUUUUGCAGUUUUGCCUAGUUCUUCCUUCUGAAUUUAUUCAAUCAAUUGCUUUAGUCUCUGCCUUCAAGGCAGAUUUGCUUAAAUGUCAAUUACUGUAUCUCAUCCAAUGAGCAUUUAUUGUUUGGUCUUACCAUAUAACAAAUUACAGCUGCACUUAACGUUAAGUCAUGAGAUUGUUUUUGUAAAACAUAUUUUUGGAUACAACCAAAUAAAAACAUAAAUACCG